AUGUCCGAAAUAGCAGACAAAGCCGAAGUGAAACAAGUGUUUGAUAGGUUGAAGAAAGAUCCAGCUAAUCAAGUUUGCUUUGAUUGUUCUAACAAGAACCCUACUUGGACAUCUAUUCCUUUUGGUAUUUUCUUAUGUUUACAAUGUUCUGCUGUGCACAGAAACUUGGGUGUCCAUAUAUCUUUUGUCAAGUCUUCUAACUUGGACUCGUGGCAACGUAUUCAAUUAAGAAACUUUAAAUUCGGUGGUAACCAACAAGCAAAAGACUUUUUCCUCAAAAAUGGUGGUUCUCAAUUUGUCAAUAACAAGAACGGUGUGGAUGCCACAGCCAAGUAUUCAUCUCCUUGUGCUAAUAAGUAUAAAGAAAAGUUGAAACAUAAGGCUUUGCAAGAUGCUGAAAAGCAUCCUAACAUUGUUACUUUGGAUGAUAUUACUGAUGUGUUGUCCUUGAGUGAUUCUCAAAGUGAAUCUACUGACGAUUUCUUUUCCAACUGGACCAAGCCAGUCAACAAUUCCAGCACUGCAUCACCCGUUUCUUCCAAGAAUGGUACACCUAAUGCAUCCACAGAUGAUUUAACUAAAAAGAAAACUGUUGUUCGUACCACCACCAACAGUUCUUCACGAUUAAAUACUGCUGCAAAGAAAUCAAUUUUGUCAAGCAAAGGAAAUGGCCCAAGAAACUCACGUUUGGCUUCCAAGAGAAUCAAGCAAGAUGAAGAAAUUGAUUUUGAUGAAAUUGAAAAGAAGGCUAAACAAGAAGCUGAAGAAGCAAAGAAAUUGGGAUAUAAACCAACUGAAAGUGUCAGUAAUGCUACUGUUGCCACUGAUUCUCCAAGAAAAGCUUCAGUUGCAAGUUCAUUAUCUUUGAAGAAGGACAAUGAUGAGGUUAAAUUAACCCCUGCACCUGUUCAAGAAACCACUCAACAAUUUCAAAAAUUGGGUUUUGGUAUGACUCAAGGGGACAACGUAGUAAGCAGUGCACCUGGAAAGAAAUACAAAGAAGUUAAAUACACUGGUGAAGUAUCCAACAAGUUUGGUACCCAAAAGGGUAUUUCAUCAGAUGAGUUUUUUGGAAGAGGUCCACGUUUUGAUGAACAAGCCAAGAAUGAAGCCAGAAGUAAACUACAAGCUUACAAUGGGGCUCAAUCGAUUUCAUCCUCAUCAUACUUUGGAGAAGAACAAGGCAGCAGUGCUCGUGGAAGCAGCAAUGCUGGUGGUUUAGGUGACUUGGAAGCAAGUGCAAGGGAAUUUGCUUCUAGAUUUUCUGGUAAUGCCAACCAAGAUUUGGAAGUAUUGAAGGAUGCUUUGGAAGACGGUGCUAAUAAAUUGGGUUCUUAUUUGAGAGAUUUCUUGAGAUAG